AUGUUCAGCUCCAGCGCCAAGAUCGUCAAGCCCAACGGCGAGAAGCCGGACGAGUUCGAGUCGGGCAUCUCCCAGGCCCUGCUGGAGCUGGAGAUGAACUCGGACCUCAAGGCGCAGCUGCGGGAGCUGAACAUCACGGCCGCCAAGGAGAUCGAAGUUGGCGGUGGCCGGAAAGCUAUCAUCAUCUUCGUCCCCGUCCCGCAGCUGAAGUCUUUCCAGAAAAUCCAGGUGCGCCUGGUGCGCGAGCUGGAGAAGAAGUUCAGCGGGAAGCACGUCGUCUUCAUUGCCCAGAGGAGAAUUCUGCCUAAGCCAACUCGGAAAAGCCGUACGAAAAAUAAGCAGAAACGUCCCAGGAGCCGCACUCUGACCGCUGUGCACGACGCCAUCCUGGAGGACUUGGUUUUCCCCAGUGAGAUCGUGGGCAAGAGGAUCCGCGUGAAGCUGGACGGCAGCCGACUCAUAAAGGUCCACUUGGACAAGGCUCAGCAGAACAACGUGGAGCACAAGGUUGAAACAUUUUCUGGUGUCUAUAAGAAGCUCACGGGCAAGGACGUUAAUUUUGAAUUCCCAGAGUUUCAGUUGUAA